AUGGGCCAAGUUUUCGGAAUCCAAGAAAGUUCUUCCGCCGAAUCCAGCCUUCUUUAUCUUGUCUACCUUGCCUGGGUAGAUGCCUGGCUAUCAAUUUCAGAUUCACCAGAUGCAGCAGCGCCUGAAGAUCCCUUGAGUCUAAAAGUGCUGUCCGAGAGCCUCCUCCCCUCAAAAAUUUCUGAGCUGCUCAAAGAGCCGAACCUAAAAGCCACCAUACAAUCGUUCAAAUUCCACUGCGCAAAUGGCAACCUUACACUUGGUGGGGUCAAGCCUGCAUCAUGCGAGGUGACCGACUUGCUAUCAGGGCAGUACAAUCCACAAACAGACUGUGAUUGUAAUGGUCAUCUACACACCGACACCAAAGAUUUCGUGGUCUCCCAGGGCCUUACCCAAUGUCGGUCCGUGGAGCGGACUGUGAGGGCAAUGAAAGAUGUUGAGGCUCGACAAGACGAGUGGAACGGUAAAGACAUUUUCACUGCACAGAGCCUUCAAGAUGCUGUCAGUGAGUUAAUAUUGGCGAAUUCGGAGAUCCGCCAUGAGCUAGAUACCUGUCAAGGCCCUGAAAUUGCCCGUGAUCUCCCCAUCGUGCAGGCCCCCGACCGGCGCCCACACCCUCUCAACGACAGCAGCCCGGAGAUUGCCAGCCAGCUCUAUCCAACAUUGGAGGCAAUCAAGCUAUGCGCAGAUGCAAAGCAUUACUUUGCAAUCGCCGCAGGCGCGAGUGGCUGUGAUUAUGGUCUUGCCCGUGCUAUUGCGGAUUGUGGGAAUGAUAUCUUGAUAGGCGAUUAUUGCGAAGCAGCGGAUGCAAGAACUUUAAAACUCCUCCAGCAAAAUGGCGCCGCUGCAAUCGCUUUUUUGAAGCUUUGCAAUCUUUCCAACCUGGUGACGGACUGGCAAUUUGACAAUCUCAUGGCUGGGAUUCUGCAGUUCCGCGUGAUAGGAUACUAUCGUGAUCACGCUCGACCACACCUGCCGGGUGGUCUCUACGGUAGUCGCAUUACGGGCAUCACGACACAUCGUUAUAUAGAUCUUGGGCUAUUCCACGCAGUUGUGCCGGCUUCUCUCGCUACGGGCGAGCAGCUGACCAAGAGCGAGUAUUCCAAGCUCGUCAAAGCAUGUGCCCUUAUCAACGACCUCAUUGAUUUCCGAAGUGACACCAAGCGGAAGCAACGUGAAAACGUGGUGUUGCGUGGACUACAUGGAAAUAUCUGCGUCUAUCUUGAUGCGCUUAUUGGGGAGUGUCUUGAUACAACCGCUAGCCUGGUUGAAUCCAGUAGACUGUGCGCUUUCGUUCUGAUGAGCUUUUGCAAUUGGUCGAUAAUGGGCUCACACCACAAGAUCUAUGAGCUGACGGGAGAAGUAAAAGUGGAAGACAAAUGGCCACUGUGCCAAUAUACCUCUGUCAACAAUCAGAGCAAGCACAAGCGUCUGCUAGACUCGUUGACUCCAUUUGGGACCCUGGGCAAGGAAGGUCCCAAUGUUUCAAAUAAGCGGAUCGAGCUCGACAAAAGAUAUGCCACUUGCAUUCAUGACACGAAUAGACACUCGGCUUGGCUGGCGGACAUGUGCCGUAGCUUGCUUUCCCCGCAGACUUUGCGAAAAAUUGUGGAUGUGGUUCAUUACCGGUGGGAUGGCCACGCGGGCGACGCGGAGUAUUGUCCUUAA